AUGAAUAACGAAACCUAUGAACCAAACCAGCGAACCCACACCAAUGUCGCGGGCGGUUCUUCAACAGGCUCUGCCGGCAUUCCGACAGGCUUGAACGACUCCAGAUCAACCUACGACCCUUCAACAAAGGGCUAUAACCCUGCGACGGGAGGAAGCUAUGAGAAGCCGCCAGUACCCCCACGUACAAACCAUGCGACAGAGCAUACAGGGACAUACGACCAACCCGCCACUACUACGACUGAUAAGAGCGGUAUGGCGGGGUCCAAGGCCGGCGAUAACCUCGGUCGCGGAGUUAUGGGAGCUGCAGCUUCUGUUCAUGGUGCCGGAGAAUCCCUGCGCGGAGCCCUCAAUACCGCCGUCGAUCGGGCCUUUGGGUCCAAUGAGGGGGCGGAGCGGAAUGCUGAAAUCGCCCGCAAAGGCGAGGAGGAGAUCCGGUCGGGACAGUUUAAGGGGCGGAGUUAG